UACUUGAGUCUUUUUUUCCGAAAAGGAAGAAAAAAUUACAUAUGCCCACCAACCGCACCCAACACAUUACAACAGUCCAAAUUUUGGAAUAGAUAUAAUUGUUGGCGAUAUUUGACCACCCAAGACGCUUUACAGAUCUUAUCCUUUCAUCUUCCUCGAAUUACAGAUCUUUUUCUCUUCUGGGCACCUGUGGGAUUCUCAAUUCACCUCUGAUCUAAACAAAUUAGGCGGUCAAAGGAGGAACAAUGGCUGAUCAAUCUCCAAAAUUAACAAGAAUAGGCCUUGCUGGUCUUGCUGUUAUGGGACAAAACCUAGCCCUUAACAUCGCUGAGAAAGGCUUUCCCAUCUCUGUUUACAACCGAACCACAUCUAAAGUUGAUGAGACUGUUGAAAGAGCAAAAAAGGAAGGCAAUCUUCCUGUUUUUGGCUUCCACGAUCCAGAAUCAUUUGUUAAUUCAAUCCAGAAACCUCGCGUAAUCAUAAUGCUUGUUAAGGCAGGCGCGCCUGUUGAUCAGACCAUCAAAACACUUUCUGCUUACAUGGAGAAAGGUGAUUGUAUCAUUGAUGGAGGAAAUGAGUGGUAUGAGAACACUGAGAGACGGGAGAAAGCCAUGGCUGAAUUAGGCCUUCAGUACCUUGGGAUGGGAGUUUCUGGUGGUGAAGAGGGUGCUCGAAAUGGACCGUCUUUGAUGCCAGGAGGGUCCUUUGGGGCCUAUAAAUACAUAGAAGACAUUCUCCUUAAAGUAGCAGCCCAAGUCCGAGAUAGUGGUCCCUGUGUGACUUACAUUGGAAAGGGAGGUUCUGGUAAUUUUGUUAAGAUGAUCCACAAUGGAAUCGAGUAUGGUGACAUGCAGCUGAUUUCUGAGGCUUAUGAUGUGCUGAAAUCAGUAGGAAAACUGUCAAAUGAGGAACUACAAAAUGUUUUUGCAGAAUGGAACAAGGGGGAGCUUUUAAGUUUCUUGAUUGAAAUCACUGCAGAUAUUUUCAGCAUUAAGGAUGAUAAGGGAGAUGGCUAUUUGGUUGACAAAGUCUUGGAUAAAACUGGAAUGAAGGGUACUGGUAAGUGGACCGUUCAACAGGCCGCUGAAUUAUCAAUUGCUGCUCCCACUAUUGAAUCUUCUUUGGAUUCAAGAUUCCUUAGUGGGUUGAAGGAGGAACGAACAGAAGCAGCAAAAGUCUUCAAAUCUGGUGGUUUUGGUGAUAUUCUGACCGAUCAGGUGGUUGACAAGGGAAAAUUAAUUGAUGAUGUUCGGAAAGCUCUAUAUGCAUCUAAAAUAUGCAGUUAUGCACAAGGGAUGAAUCUGAUCCGUGCGAAGAGCAAAGAAAAGGGAUGGGAUUUGAAAUUGGGGGAACUAGCUAGGAUCUGGAAGGGAGGUUGUAUUAUCCGAGCAAUCUUCUUAGACCGGAUCAAGAAGGCCUAUGACAGAAAUCCUGAUCUCGCUAACCUCCUCGUGGAUCCCGAGUUUGCUUAUUGGUCUGCUAAUUUAUAG